AUGGCGGCCCUCAAGGAGCUGCAUGUGGGCGGGAGAAAUGGCGAUAAAUCGGCAACCGUUACGGCGGAUCCGGUGAACGGGUACCUGCUAAGGACAGAUGUGGAAGAGGGAGGACUGGUGGCCUCUGAGUUGGUCCACUCUCCGGCCGGUGGUGAUCUGGAGGCGUCCGGACCGUUACUCCUGCGUCAUGCCAACACCAUCGCAACCCGCGAUCCCACCGGUACGACGAUGAUGGCGGCCAAGGACACGGGCGCGAACAAUCGCGUUCCGGUGCCGGUGGUGGUGAACUUCAGUGGGCCAGGUGUGGCCACGAAAACUAGCACCCUCCCGAAGGGGACACACACUACAGGUGGCGUUGAGCGGAAUAGUCGGCAGGCAAGGACGGGGGCCGGUGGUGUCGGUGGUCAGAAACCUCCGCGGAGUAUAACACCUGGUCGGGGUCUGUUUGGGCCGCGACUUUCGAAGGUCUUCGGACGGCCGGUGGUCCUUGGUGGGACAAUGCUGGUGGUCGGAGUGCUGCUCGGCAUUCUGUUGGUGUAUCUCAUUGGCCGCUUCCGACAGAUGGAGGGUGCGGGUGGGUGCGGCGGGUUUGGAGCAUUCGGAGGACCGGACUGCCAACGGACGGAUGCAUCAUCCGGAAGUGGCGCCAGCGCUGGUAGCAACAUUUGCCUCACGGACGAGUGCGUCAGGACAGCGUCGUCCCUGCUGGCCGCCAUGGACCGGACGGCCGAUCCGUGCAAGGACUUUUUCCAGUUUGCCUGUGGCACGUGGAACAAAAUGCAUGUGAUACCGGAGGACCGGAGCUCUAUCAGCACGUUCGAGGUGCUUGCAGAUCAGCAGCAGGCGAUUUUGAAGGGCGUCCUGGAGGAACCGGUCAACAAGGAGGACAACCGGGCGACCAAGAAAGCGAAAGCGUUCUACAAAAGUUGUAUGAACUUGGAGCAAAUCCGUGCACUGGACGUGACGGCACUGAGGAAGUCCUUGCGAAAGCUGGGCGGUUGGCCGGUGAUAGAGAAGAACUGGACCGUCCCGGAGAGUAGUAUCGAGUAUCUGCUCGGUAAGCUGACCGGCGAGUACGACGAGCCGGGACUGGUCGAGCUGUACGUCGGUGCGGACGAUAAGAACUCUUCGAUGAAUAUCAUACAGAUUGAUCAACUACUGCUGGCGCUGCCGUCGCGCGAUUACUAUCUGAAGGAGAGCAGCGAGGGCGACAUGAAGGCGUACCACCGGUACAUGACACAGAUCGCCAUCCUGAUGGGCGCCGACAAGGACAAGGCGGCCGAGGAGCUGCAGCGGAUCGUGGAGUUCGAGGUGCGGCUGGCCAACGCGACGCUGCCGGAGGCCGAUCGACACGAUACAAGUGCCAUUUACACGAAGAUCACCCUGCCCGAGCUGCAGCGACGGGUGCCGCAGAUCGACUGGAAGGAGUACCUUCAGACAACUCUCGGCACGGUGCACUUGGAUCCGAACGAGCGGAUCGUGAGCUACGCGAUGCCGUACCUGGUCGAGCUCGGCAAGAUACUGUACGCGACGGACCGGCGCAUCGUGCACAACUACGCCAUCUGGCGGCUGGUGAUGUCGAUAAUGACGCACAUGAUCGACGACUAUCAGAAGGAGCGUGUCGAGUUCCGCCGGAAGCUGCUCGGGAUCCAGUCGGAGCGGAACCGAUGGUCACAGUGCGUCGAGUGGACAAACAAAAAGCUCGGCAUGGCCGUCGGGGCCCUCUUCAUACGGGACAACUUCAAUCAGGAGAGCAAGGAGACGGCCCUCACGAUGAUCCACACGAUCCGGGAGGCGUUCAACGAGCUGCUGGCCGACAUCGACUGGAUGGACGACGAGACGCGGGCGGUCGCGAAGGAAAAGGCGGAUGCGAUGAACGAACGCAUCGGCUACCCAAACAUCCUAACGAACGCGGACGAGCUGGAGAAGGAGUAUGUUAACCUCACCAUCCACGGUGGAUUGUUUUUGGAAAAUAUCUUGAGCAUCCUGAAGUGGGAAGCCGAACGAAAUCUGCAGCUAUUACGCAAACCAGUAGACAAGAACAAAUGGGCCACCGAGCCGGCAGUUGUAAAUGCUUUUUACAACCCCAACAAGAACGAUAUCGUGUUCCCAGCCGGUAUCCUGCAGCCACUGUUCUACAGCCAGAACUUCCCGAAGUCGCUCAACUACGGGGGCAUCGGGGUAGUGAUCGGGCAUGAAAUCACGCACGGAUUCGACGACAAGGGCCGCCAGUUCGACAAAGACGGCAACAUGAUGCAAUGGUGGAACAAUGCGACGAUCAAGACCUUCCGCGAGCGGGCUCAGUGCAUCAUCGAUCAGUAUUCGCGGUACAAGAUAGACGAGGUUGGCCUGUACAUGGACGGCCGGAUGACGCAGGGCGAGAACAUUGCGGACAACGGUGGCCUGAAGCAGUCGUAUCGGGCCUACCGCAAGUGGGUCGGUCACCAUGGCUCGGAACCGGACCUGCCCGGACUGAACAUGACACACGAUCAACUGUUCUUCCUGAACUACGCCCAGAUCUGGUGCGGUUCGAUGCGGCCCGAGGACGCCCUGACCAAGAUCCGCUCGUCGGUUCAUUCGCCCGGGAUUAUCCGCGUGAUCGGACCGCUCUCGAACUCGCGGGACUUUGCCGAAGCGUACAACUGUCCCCUGGGCUCACCGAUGAACCCGGUUAGCAAAUGUAGCGUGUGGUAA